UCAAUAUAUUAUAAGUCGAAAUGGGAAACUGGUCGGAGUUGCCACCGGAAAUCAUCCACAUAAUCUCUGUAAGAGUUGACAACCCCUUCGAUCUGAUCCAUUUCCGGUCGGUAUGUUCAUGGUGGCGUUCCUCUAGUCUUCCCACAUUUCGACCUAUUCCAUCACUUAGAUGUCCUCUUCCCCCAGAUGUCGGCGGCUGCGGAGAUGACUGCCAUAUCUUGAGAAGUCGUGUUUAUCUAAUCAAGUCUCUUUCUCACGUGCCUCACCGGUUUUGGUUGUUUAAGCUGCAAGAUGAAGAGAAUGGAGAACUUGCUUUGCAAAGCUUGUUCAGUAGAACAACCUCCUCUGAGUGGGGAUGUUCAUAUCCAAGUCUGUCACUUGACUUGCUCAACUCUCAAGUCACUGAGCUAGCUUAAGAACAUGUCGCUCGUUACACCUAUUGGUGCGACCUAUUCGAUGAUGGUUUUCCGGCUAAAGAUGAAGAACGUGUCGGCUUUGUGCAGUUAGAUCCAGAGAACAAGGAGUUUAUGAUUUUGGGAAGGCUCUCAUUUCAAGGCCUUGGUAUGUAUAGGUCAUUUGAGGAGCGUUGGACCAAGAUCAAGACAACACCAGAUAUAUAUCUAGAAGCGUCAGCGUCGUUUAAGGGACAUUUUUAUUCCAUAGAACCAACCGGAGUAAUGAAAGUGGUAAAGCCAUCUCUAGAAGUGAAGUCGUUUCAGCGGUCGAGACCUUGCGAUAAGACAAGGAGACGUUGGCUUGUCAAGUCCGGAGAAAACUUCUACUAGUAGAGAUCUGCACCGAGACCCGAAAAGAGUAUUUCACACCAAGACUCCAAGACGAAAAGGGAUGGUUCGAGAUUUCGGAGUUAGACGAAGAGCGAAACGAUUGGAUUCAAGUGGAAGAUGUGGGUGGUUGCAUCUUGUUCUUGGACUGCUUUUGCUCCUUCUCUUGUCUGCCUACUCAGAUUCCGGGUUUCAGACCCAACUCGAUCAUAUUCGUCAAUGUUUUUGGAGGUUAUGGACAUAAACAUUUUCAGGUGUAUGAAUUUGGUAAGCAAGGGUUUAGAUCUCUUGGAGAUAUCUCCGACUAUGUUCAGCUUUUCCCAUCUCCCCCAUUGAUCAUUUUAAUGGAGAAUAUAUAUUAUUUACAUAUCUUAUAGAUUUAUCGUAUCUUUUCUUAACUUGGUCUCCAAGACAAUACCUCUUUGUAGAGUUGUAUAUAUACUCGACUUCUGGGUACGAGAAAAAUUCAUUAUUCAAUCUCUUCUUUAUUUAUCAUGGUAUCAGACCAGGCAUAAAAUCUUUUGAUUUGAUCCUGGUUUUGUGACAUAAUUUACGAUCUCUUUAUUGAACCUGUUUUAUUUUUUCCGUGACGAUGACCGAAAACAACAAAACGAUGGUGUCUACGAAACCGACAACGAUGGAGAUUCAACGACGAACGAUUUCUCCAUACGACUUGACCUCGAACGACAAUCCCAGAAGCAUCAUAACACGUCCUCUCUUGAGAGGAGAUAACUACGAAGAGUGGGCCAUCAACUUGGAGACGGCUCUUUACUCACGAAAGAAAUUUGGAUUUCUCGAUGGCUCCAUCAAAGCCCCAACCGAAGGAUCACCAGAUUACGAUGAUUGGAAGCCAAUCAAUGCAUUGAUUGUCUCUUGGAUUAAGAUGACAAUCGAACCGAAGCUGCUGUCCAAUAUCUCACACAAGCCACUAGCACGAGAUUUGUGGAAACACAUAAGAAAGAGAUUUCGUGUUACCAACGGACCUCGAGUACAACAAUUGCGCAAAGAACUUGCAAAUUGUCAACAAGCUGGGAUGAGUAUUGAGGCAUACUAUGGAAAGCUUACGAAGAUUUGGGAUUGUCUUGGAUGUUAUCGACCUCCGCUGAGCUGUACAUGUGGACUUUGCACAUGUAAUUUCGGUGCUGAAGAAGAGAAGAGAAGAGAGGAAGAUAAGGUUCAUGACUUUGUGAUGGGACUUGACGAAGAAGUUUAUGGAAUGGUGAAAUCUGACCUUCUUUCUCAAGAACCGUUGCCUACGCUUGAGUAUGUUUACUUGAAGGUGACACAAGAUGAGGAUGCUCGGUUGAAGAAAAAGAAUCCAGAAGAAAAAUCAGAGAACAUGGCAUUUGUGGCACAAACACAAAAGCCAAAGUAUCGAGGAGAUGACAGAGACGUUGGAAUUGUCUGUUCAAACUGUGGACGAACAAGACAUCGAUCUGAGACUUGUUUUCAAAUCUUGGGAUUUCCGGAGUGGUGGGGUGAUAGACCACGAAACCGUGUGGGUCGUGGAAGAGGAGUCAGACCAUCAACCGGGANUGUUGUUCAGGACCGCACUAUGAGGAUGCUGAUUGGGAUAGGUAGACCAGUUGGAGGUUUGAUGUACUUUNCACCAACAUUGGAGUGGCAAACGUGGCGGUCACAGAUGCAGACAGAACAGCUGUGUGCGGACUCACGGACGAACAGUGGCUCAGUGUUAAGUGUGUGA